CACUUGACCCAUUUCAAAACCGUAAGUCUGACAAUCUCCAGCUGUCUUCGUGGUUUCCAGGAUUUACAUUAUCUCCUACUAUGGGAAGUUGACCAGUACCGACGGCAUUGCAAGGGUUCAAAGUUGCUAAUUAUGGAGCUUCAGAAGUUAAAUCAAUUGAAUUCAGAUAUAUGCUUGGUCUACAACACCAACUUGAGCCUCAUCCAAGUCCUCUUUUCGGUCUUGAAAGACCACAGGAGCGACCACCCUAUAGGCUUACUCAUAACGCAGAUCAUUCCACAUGGAAAGCACGAACCGCGCAAUUGCGGCCGUCGUGCUACUUGGUGCAGUCGUCGUCAAAAUUCCUCAUUCGGGGCGACCGAUCAAAUAGCCAUCCCUUCUCUUUGUCUACGGCGUGAUUCAUCCAGAUUUAUAUUUGAGCCACUGUCUCUGCUGAUCAAGCAAACAUGCGCGCAUCCGUCGGCCAGGUCCUUCAAAAUUACAGCGAGCUCAGAAAAAUCAAAAUUCAGUUACACUCGCUGCCAAAGCAUGCAACCCGUCCCGAUUCUUAUUGGACAACAACCGCCAAACGUAGGUGUUGAUGAAGGAGGCCACACGCUGACUCAGUUCUUUGGUCUCAAGCGUGCAAAUGCUUUUUCGAAGAGCAUCUCACAGAAGCUCAUCACAUCUCCGUUGAGCCAACAAUUCAGGUCACAGAGGCAGAUCACCUCCUGGGUUUCGACGAUAUUAAAGCUGGAAAUUCAACGAAGGAAAGCGUUUUGGUCCUUCAGCUCGAGCUCGAGCUCUUGUUUGGUACUGUUACCCUUCCGUUUGGUCCAUCCAGCUCCACGGCUGCGCCAAGCAAGAGUUCGCGCUGCUAUAACACGUGUUGCAAGUCGUCCCAACACUAAGUUUAGCACAAUCUCCUCACUGUUAGAUCGGUUUACCUACCUCAAACAACCUGUCUAUACGCUCGAUGUUUGUAGCUAUCACUUUACGAAGUUUUCAACUGCGUCUGCGCGCAAUCAACAUCAACAAAACGCUACAACAGCCGCCCUCGAAGCCAAAGAUCACGGGCCUUUGCCAUGAGGGCUAAUUAUUCAUGGAAAUCAGGCCGGAAAGACAAGACGAACGCCAGCAGUCAGACUUGCACUGAGGCCUGGCACGCAAGUUUAUUCUACCUUUCAAUGCCUCGAUCGCUCCAGAUUUU